AUGCGAAACGCCCAACCUGACCUCGAAACCUUCUCCAUCAUCCAAGCCCAUCACCUAUCACAAAUUCCAUAUGAGAACCUGGAGCUGCAUUACAGCAAAGCGCCGCGGAUCUCGCUGGACGUCACCGACAUCUACCAUAAGUUCGUCGUGGCGGGACGCGGGGGCUACUGCAUGGAGCACAACCGCUUUCUCUGUCAUGUGCUGCGCUUCUUAGGGUUCCAGGUGCAUCUCACCGGCGCUCGCCUCCACCGAGACGCAACCACUUCCGCGCCAGGGGAACACGCAGUGAACAUCGUCACUCUGUCCGACCAAACCCAGUACCUGGUGGACGUGGGCUACGGCGACGAUGGCUCCAUCUUUCCCGUGCCCUUGGCAGUCACCGGCGUGACGCUUCCCAACUUGGACAUCCAGGAGCUGCGCUUGUCGUAA